UUUACUAGUUUUCCUCCCAUUUCUUUCUCUAAAAACACACUCUCUCUUCAGCUCCUCCUCACUAUCCACUGUGCAGACCACUCCGUCAAGCCCUUCGACGAGUGGCAACUCAAGCGCUCUGUCACCGACUUCCUCAAAUCCUCCUUCUCCCUCGCCGUUCCCGAAGACGACAUCGUCGUUCACAGAUUCAAGGACCUUAAGAAGCGCAAACGCGAUGAUCCUGUCGCUCACGGCGCUCUCUUCAUCCGCGACUUAGGGUUUUUAUCCAAGUUUUCCAGAUCGGAAAUUCUUCAUGGUAUAGAUGGAGAAGACGAUGUUAAGGAACUCGAGAAGAAGUUUCUGGACUGGAAAAGAUUGGUUGUUGGUAAGACUGACGGGAUUGAGUUGAAUCUUGAAGGUGUUAAGUUUAGAUUGACUGCUUUAGUUCCAGAAUCAGAUGAUUUUGGAAUGACGAAAGAGUGGGAAGAGCUUCAUGUGUUUGGUAAUCGAGGUUUGUUCUUGAUUCUAUCCAUAGUUUUGAAUUUUUGA